GGUCCGCUUCAGUCCCACAGUCCACUGGGAUAGUGGAGAGAGAGGGAGCGCGGGUGUGUGUGAGUGUGUGUGUGUGAGGGAGAGAGAGCGCGAGCAGGACCUGGGAGAAGAGCGACGAAAGGAGACCAGGAGAGAGGAGAAACGGCGCAGCGGCACAAGAAUGGCACUCAUGGCAGGGAUUUUGUUCACGGCCGUCUUUCUUGUUUUGGGGAUUUCUACGAUUGUUUCCACGGCGCGGAUAUACCCUCCGAAUGAAGUCACGUUACUGGACUCCAGAUCUGUGCAGGGGGAGCUCGGAUGGGUCGCCAACCCGACAGAAGGAGGGUGGGAGGAAGUGAGCAUCAUGGAUGAGAAGAACAUCCCCAUCCGGACGUACCAAGUGUGUAACGUCAUGGAGCCCAACCAAAACAACUGGCUCCGCACUGACUGGAUUCCCCGUGGAGGUGCUCAGCGCGUCUACAUCGAGAUCAAGUUCACGCUCAGAGACUGCAACAGCCUCCCGGGGGUCAUGGGAACCUGCAAGGAAACCUUCAACCUUUACUACUAUGAAUCCAACAACGACAAAGAGCGUUACAUACGCGAAAAUCAGUUCGGUAAGAUCGACACCAUCGCGGCCGACGAGAGCUUCACCCAGGUGGACAUCGGGGAUCGCAUCAUGAAGCUCAACACUGAGGUGCGGGAUGUCGGCGCCUUAACCAGGAAGGGUUUCUAUUUGGCCUUCCAGGACGUCGGAGCGUGUAUUGCUCUGGUGUCCGUGAGGGUGUUUUAUAAGAAGUGUCCGCUGGCGGUGCGAAACUUGGCCCAGUUUCCUGACACCAUCACUGGAGCUGAUACCUCGUCGCUUGUGGAAGUUCGUGGCUCGUGCGUGGAUAAUUCUGAGGAAAAAGAGGUUCCAAAGAUGUACUGUGGAGCUGAUGGCGAGUGGCUGGUUCCCAUCGGGAACUGCCUGUGCAACACUGGAUAUGAGGAGCGCAAUUCCGAAUGCCAAGCCUGCAAGAUUGGUUACUACCGCGCUCUGGCCACAGAUGGCGCCUGCUCCAAGUGUCCACCUCACAGUUACUCGGUCCGAGAGGGGUCGACCUCCUGCGCCUGUGAUAAGGGAUAUUUCCGUUCGGAAACGGAUCCGGCGUCCAUGCCGUGCACCCGUCCCCCAACUGCACCCCUUCAUCUCAUCUCAAAUGUGAAUGAGACAUCGGUGAACCUGGAGUGGAGCCCGCCACGAAGCUCCGGCGGACGUCAGGAUCUGACCUACAAUGUUGUGUGCAAGCGCUGCGGGCCGGACGGCCGCCGCUGUCAAGCCUGCGGUAACGGAAUCCAUUUCAGCCCCCAGCAGCUCAGUCUGAAGGGAACCAGAGUGUCCAUCAAUGAGCUGCAGGCCCACACCAACUACACCUUCGAGGUUUGGGCUGUGAAUGGGGUUUCGCCUCAAAGCCCUGGACCGGAACAGGCCGUGUCCGUGACUGUCACUACCAACCAGGCUGCUCCGUCUCCUGUGACAUCCAUCCAAGCCAAGGAUAUAACAAGACACACCAUCUCCCUCGCCUGGCAGCCUCCAGAUCGAGCCAAUGGGGUCAUUUUGGAGUAUGAGGUCAAGUACUAUGAAAAGGACCAAAAUGAAAGGAGCUACAGAAUCAUCAAGACCUCGUCCAGGAACGCCGACAUCAAGGGCCUCACUCCUCUGACAUCGUACGUGUUUCACGUGCGAGCUCGGACGGCAGCUGGCUACGGGGAGUUCAGCGGCCAGUUCGAGUUCAUGACCAACUCCGUGCCAGCGCCCAUUAUCGGUGAUGGGGCCAACUCCACUGUGCUGCUGGUCUCCGUGGUGGGCAGCGUCGUCCUCCUCCUCAUCCUCAUCAGCGCCUUCGUCAUCAGCCGAAGAAGGAGUAAAUACAGCAAAGCCAAGCAGGACUCGGAUGAAGAAAAGCACCUGCAUCAAGGCGUUCGCAUCUACGUGGACCCCUUCACCUAUGAGGACCCCAACCAAGCCGUCCGUGAGUUUGCCAAAGAGAUCGACGCUUCCUGCAUCAAGAUCGAGAAAGUGAUUGGGAUUGGGGAGUUUGGCGAGGUCUGCAGCGGUCGACUGAAAAUGCCGGGCAAGAGGGAGAUCUGUGUGGCCAUCAAGACCCUGAAAGCCGGCUACACUGACAAGCAGAGGCGGGACUUCCUAUCUGAGGCCAGCAUCAUGGGCCAGUUUGACCACCCAAAUAUCAUUCAUCUGGAAGGCGUGGUUACGAAAUGUAAGCCAGUGAUGAUUAUCACCGAGUACAUGGAGAACGGAUCGCUGGAUGCAUUCCUGAGGAAGAACGACGGUCGCUUCACAGUCAUCCAGCUGGUCGGGAUCUUGCGAGGAAUUGCGUCCGGAAUGAAAUAUCUCUCCGACAUGAGCUACGUCCACCGUGACCUGGCGGCCCGCAACAUCCUGGUCAACAGCAACCUGGUGUGCAAGGUGUCUGACUUUGGCAUGUCCCGCGUGCUGGAGGACGACCCCGAAGCCGCGUACACCACCAGGGGGGGGAAGAUUCCCAUCCGCUGGACGGCCCCCGAGGCCAUCGCUUACAGAAAAUUCACCUCCGCCAGUGACGUGUGGAGCUACGGAAUCGUGAUGUGGGAGGUGAUGUCGUACGGCGAGCGCCCCUACUGGGACAUGAGUAACCAAGACGUCAUCAAAGCCAUCGAUGAGGGCUAUCGGCUGCCGCCGCCCAUGGACUGCCCCGUGGCCCUCCACCAGCUCAUGCUGGACUGCUGGCAGAGGGAGAGGGCCGACCGACCAAAGUUCGGGCAGAUAGUCAACAUGUUGGACAAGCUGAUUCGUAACCCCAACACUCUAAAGAGGACAGGAGGCGAGACCACUAUCAGCAGACCCAACACCACCCUGCUGGAACCAGGGAGCCCAGAGGCGACCACAUCUGUGGGCACGGUGGAGGACUGGCUGCAGGCCAUCGGCAUGGAGAGAUACUGUGAUAACUUCACUGCGGCGGGCUACACCACACCAGAGGCAGUCGUCCACAUGACACAAGAGGACAUGGCCCGCAUCGGCAUCUCCUCGGCAACACACCAGAACAAGAUCCUGACCAGCGUCCAGGGAAUGCUCACCCAAAUGCAACAGAUGCAAGGAAGAAUGGUUCCCGUCUGAGAGAUUUCAACCGCAAUGGAGAGCAGACGUUUCUUACAAAUAAUUCAAUCCGUAACAAAAAAAAGAUUCACUAUAAAAGAAGAGACAAACUGACUGAUAGUUUACCUCAUCCGUGCACUUUAAAUUGGAUGUAAAAAUGAAGAAGAAAACAAAAAAAAGUGGUGAAAAUGGCACUUUUUCGAAAAAAAAAAGGAAAAAAAGAAUCUAGAACUUUAUCUCGAACUUUUCCGUUAUUUUGGAGAUUCGGACUCUACUGUCUGCAGCAUUUUUAGACAGACGCGGGAACGACUGGAAAAGUGCUUCCGAGAGACCAAUCUGGAGUGCCUUUUACGGUUUGGAAGGAAACGGAGCGGGAAACUUUCUUCUUCUUCUUCUUCUUCCUCUCGGGCAGAGUGUUGUUUCUGGACAACUUUCUAUCUGGAAUAAUCCGCAGAGCAGAAUCCUUUUUUGAUUUCCUGUGACUGACUUUAUUGUACAUGACUUUUUUUCUGUUGGACUCGCACGCCGGCCUUGGCCGCCAUCGCUCUCUCGCUCCCGCGGCUGGAUCUUGUUUGAUAUCUCACAGACAAAAUGGAGGAUUCCUGAUCGCCAUGACAUAAACAUUGAGAUGUCGAUGGUUGGAUUCUGCUGGGAGACACCGGAGCAGGGAGAGCUUAUUUUGAGGAGCUUUGUUCUGGCCUUGUUUUCCUCCCAGAAUGCUGUAUUUUUUUUUUUGCCCUCAGGACAUGGCUCAGAAUGUUUUUGAUCUUCCAGAGGAUCUGUUUCACUCCCCCGUCUUCCCACACACCUUCCAUAAACAUUUGGAUCUUCCCCAUUAUCUUGCUGUCAUCUCCUGGCCCUCGGACCUCCGACCUCUUCUACACAUUUCCUUUUCGAGAAAGACAACAACAGUUUGGACCAGUCUGACGGACACACAGAUGAAAGAAUGUACUGGUGGGAUUGCACGGAAAAGAAACGCCGGAUGGAUGAAUGAUCGAUGCGGGGAGACUGAAAUCAAGCUGCUGCCGCCCAUAACAAACAAUGUCCUGACCUCGCUCGGCUCCACAACAAUUUCCUCAUCCGUGUCUUCCUCCUCCUGAUUUCCUCGGAGAUGACGAAUCCGUCCCUGAGCGUCCGAGACGUCGCCCCCCGUCACCACACGUCGGCUUGACAAACCUAGCCGCCACGUGCUCCUUUGGAGUUGCGCUGAAACAUUAAGACGAAUGUAACAUAAUCCAGAAUUCUUACUUCCACCAAUGUUUUUGUUUGUUUUUGAAAAAGAGUUACGUUUGCAUGCAAUCAAUUGAGCGAGUGCGUGUGAAGAUGAAUGAAGUAUUAUCAGUAGCUGUGCCCAUCCACACGCCACUGUGGAGGAGAGUUGUGUUUUUGCUUUUAUGGUGAUAAAACAAACAAAAAAGCCGACUUUGCUUCUGUUGUUUGGAUGGUUUGGGCUCCAUAAGCAUUUUGGUUUGUAUACAGAAGGAGGUGAACAACAAAACAUCUGGACAUUCUAAAGAACCGAAAUGAGGAAAAGGAAGAUCAUGGAAAGGGAAUCAUUUUUUAAAUUGUUUUUCAUUCCAGAGCAACGUCAUCCUCCCUAUAUGGACUAUUUGUUUUUUUAAUGUAUCUCUGCAAGAACUCAACAUGCGAAUGUCUUCAACUCCAGACAAAUCAAAUACACCUCCGUCCUUAAUAUCACAGCUCAACUCCUUUGAAAUCACCUUUUGGGUUUUUAUCAAGUUUUUCCAGAAGAGAUGAAAUAUGAAAAAGGACCUGUUUGGAAAUAUGCAAGAUGUUGUGUGGAAGGAAACCAGAAUGUACUGUAAAAUACUUCUUCUUUGCUUAAAUGUUGGAUGAAAAUGGAAACUGAAGGGGGGGAAAAAAAAGAGUUUAACAAAAGGCAAUGUUUGUCAUUGUAUGCCUUCUGAUGCCAUACGAUCUAGUCAUGUAGAUCUAACAUUCUCUGAAGUUUGUUUUCAAUUGUUCAUGAUUUGUGUUUUUGUCAAGGAGCUAUAGGUACAUGUAACUUAUGUCAUUUAUUUAUGUCCUUUUAUAUCUAGUUUGUAAAAUAAUAGCCUAAAGUGAAGAAAAUAAAAGGGGUGCUGAAGGCAUUCCUAUUAAAGUAGAAACCAUGUGUCGCCUCCGUUCACUUCAUACGCAGGUUUAUUACACUGUCUUUGUGAGGACCUCUCGUUGCCAUAAUGCUUUCCCCUCUCACAGAACCAUCCAAAGCAAAUGGCUAACCUUAACCAGGACUCUGAACCUUAAACCCAGUUAUAAAGACCAAGUUAUUAAGAUGUUUUGAUUCUCAAACUCAGCCUUCAAGCUACAGGCAAAAACGUCAUAGGGAAUGUCAAAGUGAUUUGGAUGAUGGAACCAAAUCGUAGCUCAGUUGGUUGUAGUAGCUUGAAAAAGCUUGUCAAGAAUAUCUUACGCCGGCUGUCAACCAGCACACGAUGACUGAAUAAGUAAGACCCUUAGAGGCUCAACACUCAGUGUUAAAAUGUUGAGCACUAACCGAAAAUUGCCCUCAACUUUGUUAGCCAAAAUGGAUCCAGGCUAUCAGUCAGGAUGGGAAUCUAGUCUUUCACUAGAGACUCCCUGGAGCAAUAAAUGAAUGCCUGAGUAGAAUUUAUUGAGACUUUUGGUCCCCCAAAUUUGGGUGCACCUAGAGCUCCUGAAGAAGAGCACAGUGAAUUCAUAGUGUUUCAGGUCUGUUUUAUUUUAAUUUGUUCAUCAUGCCCCAUUUUUUUCUCACCUCAAAUUUAAAAAUAAUACGACAUUAAUGA